UUCUCUUCUCUCUCACGACCCCAGAAAACAAUGGAAGACACAGCACUGACAAAAGAUCAGAUCAUCGAGUUCAAAGAGGUCUUUUGUCUCUUGGACAAAGACGGCGACGUAACAGGUCGUAUAACGGUAGAAGAACUUUUAACAGUGAUCCGUUGGUUGGAUCAGAAUCCAACAGAACAAGAACUUCACGAUAUCAUCACUGAGAUCGACUCCGAUGGUAAUGCCACCAUUGAAUUUGCUGAGUUUCUUAACCUCAUGACCAACAAACUUCAGGAAAAUGAUGCAGAAGAAGAGCUGAAAGAAGUAUUCAAAGUCUUUGACAAAGACCAAAAUGGUUAUAUCUCUGCCAGUGAGUUGAGUCAUGUAAUGAUAAAUCUAGGGGAAAAGCUAACAGAUGAAGAAGUUGAACAAAUGAUAAAGGAGGCAGAUUUGGAUGGUGAUGGCCAAGUCAACUAUGAUGAAUUUGUCAAGAUGAUGAUCAACAUUGGCUAAUUUACUAUUAUUUUGGAGACUUAUAAACCAAAUUAUCCUUAAUUGUCUUGUUAGUUUUUGCUCCUUUGUCUUCACUACAUCUCAACAAAUGCAAAUUUUCUGAAAUUCUUUGAAGCUUUCAGCUUCAGUUUUGUUUUGUCUAUUGUUGAAGCUUAGAGGUGCAGUUUAAUCUCUGUAGCUUUGUUUAUUACACUUUUGAAACACAA